AUGGCGAGUAGUACCGAAAUCGAAAUUAUACAACAAUUGCAGCUCACUAUUAGUCCCGAUGACGGCAGCAGCCUCCAUUUCACUUCAGGAACCACGGGAAAACCCAAAGCGGCUUUGGCCACCCAUUUCAAAAUGAUUAAUAACGGAUUCUUGAUUGGAAAAAGAAUGGAAUUAGCUGGCAAACAUCACACAAUUUGUGUGCAGGUACCACUUUUUCAUGUGUUGGGUACCGUCGAAAUUAUCAUGGCUGUUUUACCAACAGACGGUUACCAAGCCGAGAAAAGUCUGGACGCAAUCAAAAACCAGAAGAGCACUGUGAUCACUGGAACACCUACGACGUUUCUAGACUUGAUAGAGACUCAAGAAAAACGGAAAGAACCUGUAUCUGUAGAAAAGGCUCUCCUAGGUGGUGCCCCAAGCUCACCACAUCUGUUACAACAGAUUAUAGAAAUCUUAAAUAUACCUAAAUUUCACUCGGUUUAUGGUCUAACAGAAUGUGUUGGAUCAGUGUUUCAAUCAGUACCAACAAAAUCUACAAAAAAGUAUCCAGUACUUGUCAACUAUAUACAAGAACAUAUGGAGGCUAAAGUAAUUGAUGAAAAUGGUGUUGUGGUACCGUUUGGUACUCCUGGAGAACUAUGCGUACGAAGUUAUAGUAACAUGUUGGGUUACUGGAAUGACGAAAAGAAAACUAAUGAUAUGUUAGGACAAGACGGUUGGCUUAGAACUGGAGACCAAUUCACUCUUGAAGAAGACGGAAGUGGACAAGUGGUCGGACGAAUAAAAGAUCUAAUUAUACGAGGAGGGGAAAAUGUGUUUCCAAAAGAAAUAGAAGCAUUUCUGAUCACACAUCCGAAUAUUUUGGAAGUAUAUGUGGUAGGUACACCCCAUCAAAGACUAGGCGAAGAAGUGUGUGCGUGUGUCAGACUUAAACCACAAUCAAAUUUAACACUUGAAGACAUCGCAACUUUCUGUAAAGGAAAGUUGGCGUAUUUCAAAAUUCCCACGAAGAUAGAAAUUUUCGAUAGUUUUCCUCGACCACUUGCAGGAAAAAUUCAGAAGCUUGAACUUGUAAAAAUGCUGUCUGAACGGUUUCUUUAA